AUGUUCGGGUUCUUUACUGUCUCGAGAAUAAAGUUCGGUCUGAGUGCAUUGGUCACCUUCGUAGGAUUGAACCUUGCAAUGUGGAAGAUAUAUCGUGAUCCAUUCAUAAUACACACAUAUUUGCAUCAUGUUGAGCGUCUCGACCACCGCCACAACUUCUCACCUUAUAACAUCCUCCUCUACCUCACCUCUCCACCAAGCAUGGGUGAUCCCUCAUUCCCGUAUGCCAGUGUUGCGUUCCUUCCACAGCUUUUCCUCUCUGGGGUACUGCUUCCACUCGCAUUCGCCAAAUGGGAUCUUCCCACCACUCUUUUUGCACAGACCUUUGCAUUUGUCGCAUUCAACAAAGUCUGCACCUCACAAUAUUUCAUGUGGUACAUCGUCCUUCUCCCCUUCUACCUCCCCACCUCCUCGCUGCUCCGGAGUCCCAAAGUAGGGUUCACCGCACUAGGCGCAUGGGUUCUCACUCAAGCCGCAUGGCUCCAACAAGGCUACGAGCUUGAAUUUUUGGGUAAUAGUACAUUCUUCCCGGGUUUGUGGGGAAGUGCAUUGACGUUUUUUGUGACGGCGGACUUGAGGAAGGCUGCGGUGAGGCUGGGGGAUCAGUCGGGGGAUCAGCCGGAGGAGAGAUUAGAGGAGGGGAAGGUAGAGGAGGAAGAGGGAGAAGAGGGGGCAGAGGGAGUGGAACUCGAGGCACUGAUGGGACCAGUACUACCGGCUCUGACACUGGCACAAGUGCCACUCGCCGUGGUUCCCGCACAGGCACAAGUGCCACUGGCACAGGUCGUGCUUCUCGUGCCACUGGCCGCGGUUCUCGGACGGGGGCUGGCACAAGCACCACCAGAGGCACCACCAGAGGCACCACCACAGGCACCGGCACCACAGGCACCGACACCACAGGCACCGGCACCACAGGCACCGGCACUGGCACUGGCACUGGCACAGGCGCAGGCACAGGCGCUGGCUCUGGCACAGGCACCGACACCGCAGGCACCACCACAGGCACCACCACAGGCACCGGUACCACAGGCACCGACACCACAGGCACCACCACAGGCACCGAAACCACUGGCACUGGCACUGGCACAGGUACAGGCGCUGGCACUGGUACUGGCACUGGCACCGACACCACAGGCACCACCACAGGCACCGACACCACUGGCACUGGCACUGGCACAGGUACAGGCGCUGGCACUGGUACUGGCACAGGCACCGACACCACAGGCAUCACCACAGGCACCGACACCACAGGCACUGGCACUGGCACAGGUACAGGCGCUGGCACUGGUACUGGCACUGGCACCGACACCACAGGCACCACCACAGGCACCGACACCACUGGCACUGGCACUGGCACAGGUACAGGCGCUGGCACUGGUACUGGCACUGGCACCGACACCACAGGCACCACCACAGGCACCGACACCACUGGCACUGGCACUGGCACAGGUACAGGCGCUGGCACUGGUACUGGCACUGGCACCGACACCACAGGCACCACCACAGGCACCGACACUACUGGCACUGGCACUGGCACUGGCACAGGCGCUGGCACUGGCACUGGCACAGGCACCGAUACCACCGGCACCACCACAGGGACCGACACCACAGGCACCGAAACCACUGGCACUGGCACUGGCACAGGUACAGGCGCUGGCGCUGGUACUGGCACAGGCACCGACGCCACAGGCACCACCACAGGCACCACCACAGGCACCGACACCACAGGCACCGAAACCACUGGCACUGGCACUGGCACAGGUACAGGCGCUGGCGCUGGUACUGGCACAGGCACCGACACCACAGGCAUCACCACAGGCACCGACACCACAGGCACUGGCACUGGCACAGGUACUGGCACAGGUACUGGCACAGGUACUGGCACAGGCACCGACACCACAGGCACCACCACAGGCACCGACACCACAGGCACCGAAACCACUGGCACUGGCACUGGCACAGGUACAGGCGCUGGCGCUGGUACUGGCACAGGCACCGACGCCACAGGCACCACCACAGGCACCACUACAGGCACCGACACCACAGGCACCGAAACCACUGGCACUGGCACUGGCACAGGUACAGGCGCUGGCACUGGUACUGGCACAGGCACCGACACCACAGGCAUCACCACAGGCACCGACACCACAGGCACCGAAACCACUGGCACUGGCACUGGCACAGGUACAGGCGCUGGCGCUGGUACUGGCACAGGCACCGACACCACAGGCAUCACCACAGGCACCGACACCACAGGCACUGGCACUGUCACAGGUACAGGCGCUGGCACUGGUACUGGCACUGGCACCGACGCCACAGGCACCACCACAGGCACCACUACAGGCACCGACACCACAGGCACCGAAACCACUGGCACUGGCACUGGCACAGGUACAGGCGCUGGCACUGGUACUGGCACAGGCACCGACACCACAGGCAUCACCACAGGCACCGACACCACAGGCACUGGCACUGGCACAGGUACAGGCGCUGGCACUGGUACUGGCACUGGCACCGACACCACAGGCGUCACCACAGGCACCGACACCACAGGCACCGAAACCACUGGCACUGGCACUGGUACAGGUACAGGCGCUGGCACAGGUACUGGCACAGGCACCGACACCACAGGCAUCACCACAGGCACCGACACCACAGGCACUGGCACUGGCACAGGUACAGGCACUGGCACUGGCACUGGCACUGGCACAGGUACCGACACCACAGGCACCACUACAGGCACCACUACAGGCACCGACACCACAGGCACCGAAACCACUGGCACUGGCACUGGCACAGGUACAGGCGCUGGCACUGGUACUGGCACAGGCACCGACACCACAGGCAUCACCACAGGCACCACUACAGGCACCGAUACUACAGGCACCGGUACUGGUACAGGUACAGGCGCUGGCACUGGUACUGGCACUGGCACCGACACCACAGGCAUCACCACAGGCACCACUACAGGCACCGAUACCACUGGCACUGGCACUGGCACAGGUACAGGCGCUGGCACUGGUACUGGCACUGGCACCGACACCACAGGCAUCACCACAGGCACCACUACAGGCACCGAUACCACUGGCACUGGCACUGGCACAGGUACAGGCGCUGGCGCUGGUACUGGCACAGGCACCGACACCACAGGCAUCACCACAGGCACCGACACCACAGGCACUGGCACUGGCACAGGUACAGGCACUGGCACUGGCACUGGCACUGGCACAGGUACCGACACCACAGGCACCACUACAGGCACCACUACAGGCACCGACACCACAGGCACCGAAACCACUGGCACUGGCACUGGCACAGGUACAGGCGCUGGCACUGGUACUGGCACAGGCACCGACACCACAGGCAUCACCACAGGCACCGACACCACAGGCACUGGCACUGGCACAGGUACAGGCGCUGGCACUGGUACUGGCACUGGCACCGACACCACAGGCAUCACCACAGGCACCGACACCACAGGCACCGGCACUGGCACAGGUACUGGCACAGGCACCGACACCACAGGCACCACCACAGGCACCGACACCACAGGCACCGAAACCACUGGCACUGGCACUGGCACAGGUACAGGCGCUGGCACGGGCACGGGCACAGGCACAGGCACCGGGACUGGAACUGGCACAGACACCACUUGAAGAUGAGGAGUUCGAGGAUACCGAGGAACUGUCUGAGCUUGAGCGUGAAGAGCGCAGGGCGCGCGAGCGUGAGGAGCGUCUUCGUGCGGAGGAGCGUAGUGAGCUUGAGCGUAUAGCAAUUCUUGAAGCGGAGGAGAACACGGAACGUGAGUGUCUGGAUACUAUUGACGCUGAGGAAGUUGUCUAG